AUGGAAAUUGAAACAAACCAACUAAUUAUAGUAACAAAGAAAGUAUGGAACACACUGCGUAUAAUUUUGUUCAUGUUAACAAAAAACAUAGCUAAAAGCAAAAUGGUAGCAGAAUUAAAUCUCUUGCUAAAACGUAGCAAACUCGCCGCCAUCAAAGCCAUAGCCAACACUCUAGCUCUCCGCCACCACUCGUCCGCCUCCUUCGUCUCUCCCAACGACUACGAGUUCAGCUGCAGCAACAGCCCCGCCGUCAUUAAAUUCCAUAACAAAAAUAAAAACCACCAUCAUGGCCGCCACCACAACGAUGUUUCCACCAUUCAAAAGGUUCUAGAAAUCCUUAAUGAAGUUGAUGCUUCUUUUUUUUCUUCUCCUUCUCCUUUAGUGACAUUUCCUGGAUUUGGAAAAAGUCCCAUUGGAAAAAAAAUUAGAGUCACCGAUUCUCCGUUUCCUCUAAAGGUAGAUGAAGGUGAUGAUCAUAGUCAUGUUGACGUUGCAGCUGAAGAAUUUAUUAAAAGGUUUUAUAAGAAUCUCAACUUACAACAAAAAUUAGCGUCGAUUAAGUCACCUUACAACAACUCCCAACAUAGAUAG